GUGAUCAUGGAAGAAGUUCGAAAGCAGGUCAAGGCAGCUUUGGAUGAAAGGGAGACGGAGGUGAAAAGGCUUCAAGAUAAGAAUCAAGAGUUGAGGCAGGUUGUGUUUGCCUUGACUACCAGGGAGUCCGAAGAGGUGAUGGAUGAUCGUGGGCCCGGGACCUUGAUGGAUGGAAGUUUGGGACUUCGGGGCGUGGAACCUCGGGGCAAUCCUAGCCUAGAACGUCAAGGAGCUCAAGAUCGUGCCCGGCCUCCUCCUGGACUUCCUGCACAAUCUUCAGUACCUGGGGCUGAACUCCCUAGCGGUGGAGCUGGUGAAGCACCCCCAGGUCUUGAGCGUCUUCAAAUUGAAGGAGGUGGCCGUGUAGAUCGGCCAACACCUCCUGCUGGACUUCCGGCACAAUCUCCUGUACCUGGGGGCAAUCCUCGAGAUCCUGAUGGUGAAGAGGCCAGUCAGAAGCACCUCCAAGGACCCGCGGGUAUUAGUGUGCACGGCGAAGGAUUCCAACCUGGGGAAGGAGAAGGGCCUGGCGUCGGUGCCACGUUUGGAGAGGACAAUGCCAUGGUGGAUCAUCUGUAUCUUUUGGUGCAGGGAAUGCGACAACUUCAGCAACUCCAGAUGAACCGCAAAGAUCCAGUGGAGGCGGAAGCUGUAAAGGGCAGCGUGGAACUACAGCGAAUGCCAGAGCCAGGUGAUGCGGCGGUGGAGUUCAACGAUUGGUUGUAUAUUACAGAGCAGCAGCUUGGUGCCCUGACGGACAAUACGAGCUCAUGGUUUGCCAAAUGCCUGGCGUGCGCCAGGGAGGCCUACGUGCGAUAUCAAGGAGCCUCAGCCUUGGAGCGGUUGAGUAUGUCUCCCACGAUGACCGAGGAGCUCAAGGAUGCCAAGUGGUUUCGCUUGGAGCGACGGGUGCUCUCGCUCCUCCUCGCUGCUAUGUCGAAGGCGGUGAGAGAAGACACGAUCACCCAUAGAGUGGAGAGCGUGGCUGGAGUUCUCUACAGACUUCACGUUCUUUAUCAGCCAGGUGGUGCGAUGGAAAGAACAGCAAUAUUGAAACACCUGGAAGGAGCCCCGGGUUCUGAAGAUCCAGGAGAAGUUGUUACACAGCUGAGACGAUGGAGACGUUAUCUGGCGCGGGCUGAGGAGAUGUCUAUAGCCCUUCCGGAUGCGAGUCUGCAGCUUCAGGGGAUCGAGAAGAUAAUGGCCCGGGUGCUGGAGAAGUUUGCUGAUGGGAAGUUUCGCCUCGCCUUGGCGAGAAACGAGCUGAGGCUUUCCUCAGCCCCCACGUCGGAGACGGUGUUGAAGUACUACCAGCAUGCCUUAGCAGAGCUCCAGCAGGUUACCCCCAAUGUCAAGAACAAUCAAGAUGGAGCGAGGCUAAAGGGAGCAAACACAACCACGGCGGCGACCCCUGGGACCGGAGGCUCAGGAUCACCCACUACGUCUCCGAAGAAGGGAAAGAAUCCAUGCAAGUUCUUCCAGAGUGAGGCGGGCUGCAGACGUGGCAACAACUGUACCUACGCCCACGAGUUUCUUUCCAAGGCCGAUCGCAAAACAAGGUGUUGGACUUGUGGUGCCACGGGCCACCGCCAGCAGAGCUGCCCAACGACUACCAAUGAUGGAGCAAAGGGAAAUGGGAAGCAGCAAGGCCAGCCAGCCUCAACCUCAACGGCGAAUACGACUUCCUCUACCAGCACUGCGGCUAGGAUACAAGCUUCUAUGGCCGAAAUUCCAUCCUCUGGAACUCCUGCUCCCUCGGACCCUGUAGCGACUACCUCUACUACUACAUCAGCGCCACCGACAGGAGAUGAAGCAGCGGCGCACCGGGAGGAAAUGAAGAAGCUACUCAAGGAAGCGAGCUCCAUGCUAAGCAAGAUUCAGUUGAUGGGAGCAAGGGUGGAGGACACCAACAAGGCCACAGAGGAGUUGGAGCUCUUGCUCAGGUCAGCGGGCAUGGAUCAGCACGGUUUGGUGUUGCUCGAUUCGGGUGCUUCCCACCCUUUCAGACCUCCUGUUGACACCAAUGAGUUUGAACGGGCGACCAACGUUGGAGUGGAAUUGGCGGACGGCCAAACGGUGGAGUUGAGACAGACUACAACCGGCACCCUUCUCAAGCAAAGCGGAGGCAACCAGCAUGCGCCGAUUGUUCCGCUAGGUUCUCUUGUACAACAAUUGGGGUGCUCGGUCUCUUGGUCAAGACGUGGAGGGCUUCAAGUGGUGUACCCGGUGCACGGCAACCUCAAAAUCAAGAUGAAGGGGUCCUGCCCCUACAUCUCUGAGUUGGAGGCGCUUCGUCUGAUAGCCGAGAUCGAGGAUAAGAACCUGGAAGGCCUUCAGCAGGCGACUAUAAGAAGCCCAUGGUCCUCUUCAUCUACCAGUGCAAUUCUUCCCUGGGAUUUAAGCUUGGAGGAUUACGUGAGCACUGGAAACCGAAGCAGUGCAUUAAGGGCUAUGAUGGACCCGUCCUUCCCUAUUCCUUUGGAGACAAGUACUGAGAGAUUUGGGUUUGUUGGCCCUUCGAAUUUGGACCUGAGUGAUGAGUCGGGCUUGAGCUACCUGAAGGCUUUGCCGGUCAACAGGAAGAUGAGAAGGAGAUUGCAUGGUUCGCGAUGGAUUGUGCACCUGUAUGACGGGAAGAAUGAAAUUGCCACGGAGGAGCUCAAGAAAUUGGAGAAGGAGGAUGUUGUGGUCUUGGAGAUCGAUCUUCAGCGUUCUAAGGUGUACAAUAUGAAGGGCUGGAACAAUAUCAUGAGGGCCUUGUUGUGGGCGGCGUGCCGGGGACAACUUGAAGGGGUUCUUGGAGGCCCCCCACGAGGAGGAGUUGGUGAGCUGAGGCAGAAGCUGAUGUAUCUGUGGAUGGUGGCGGAAAGGGGAUCUGUAGUUCACCAUAUGAGGAGCCCUUUUCUUUUCAUGGAGUACCCAGACGAGAUGGACUGGUGGAGUUCAUUGGAGUGGAGAGGCUAUGAGUCAAAGAAUGGAGAAAAUGGCCUGAUCGUGUUCGACAAGCACAGUUCUGGAAGACCUCACCGCAAGGUCUUGAACCCCUCGGCCUAUGUCUUGAGCGUUGAUGUGGCAGGCUGGAAGGAUACAAGGACAUCGAUAUCCCCGUUGACUUGCAAGAGGAUAAAGGAGAACGUGAUCCAGGCCCAGUACAUCCAGAAGACGAUGGAGGACGUGAUCCAGGCCCAGUACAUCCAGGAGACGAUGGAGGACGUGAUCCAGGCCCAGUACAUCCAGGAGACGAUGGAGGAGGAGUCUCAAGAGCCACCGUUGCCCGAGAGUGAUCGAGUUGACUUAGACCAGAAAAACGAUGAGUACCGUAAGCUCUACGAUGAGGUCUACAAGGAGGUUGGUGAUUCCAUCGAGUACCAGACGUUGCUCUAUGUGGUCCCCUUGAAGUCCAGGCAAAAGCUAGAUGUGAACACGGCUAUGAGAAGGAUGUACCUGCAGUUGAGACAAGAAGGUCCUAUUGGGGAGUUCUUCGCUUCCACGGGAAUGUUGGCCCUUAGCAAUGAGCUUCUCAGCCCAGUAGCAGUGAAGUCGAAGGUGUUUGGGACAGGUGGUUCCUACGACCUUGAUCCAAGGUAUGACGACGGAACCUUCGUUACAAGUUGCCAUGUUCGUGAUGGUUUGGUGGACGCAGAGGCGCUUGUUGAAGAGGAACCUUUGGAAGUUGAUCUACCAGUUCCAACAAGAAGGCUGCGAGCGAAGGCAAGGCUAGCCCUGAUCACCAGCCCCUACGAGGACAUCGAGAACUAUGCCAGAAACCUCAAUGUUGAAGAGAUGUACGAGCCCGAAGAUAUUUUGGCUCUUUGGGAGAGAUUAAAAGAAAUACCGCGUCCUACGAGAAGGGGAGCCAAGGUGAUGACAGUCAAGGAAGAUGGCGGCUCCUUCUAUGCCGGCUGCUUCACGCAUGGGGGAGUCUGCGGUAUUAUGAAGAUGGCUAAGCUGCUCCCGAAUAUGACCGCCUAUCUUGUGAAGGCUGCCAAGGAGAUCACUGGAAAACCCAACUUUGGUUGUGUGGCCAUCGUGGAGAAUGUGAACAUGGGACCGCAUCGUGAUAGCCACAAUCAAAGUGGAACUACAAACACCGUGACGGCCUUGACGAAGUUUGACAAUGGUCAAGUGUGGGUGGAAAAGAGCGACGAGGAAUAUGGCUACAACGAUGUGUGGAGAGAGGUCAAGCCUGAUCAAUGGAAGAGAGGAGUCUUACAUGAACUUCAUCGAGGUGAGAUCGUUUCGUUUUCUCCUGGAAGUUGGCAUCAGACCGAACAAUGGAAGGGACGCCGCGUUGCGCUCCUCACUUAUACCCCCCGCCUUACAAAUUUGGGAGCGAAGGAUGAGGAGGAGUUGCGUGGUUUGGGUUUUGAGCUUCCUCCAUGUGAUGAACAGCCAAAUGACAACCAGGACAGCGAGAAAGCGCAGCCUACAAUGUUUGCCCCUCUUCAGGAAGAUGAUGAUUCCUCAUGGUACUUGAGAUUGGCCCAACUCAAUGAGGACCAACAAGAUCUACUUGAAGAACUACAAGAGCGAUCGGUCACAUUGAGACGCCUACUUGAGGAGGAGGAAAUUCUGUUGGAAGAGUACCACCGAAUGGGCAAGCAAGUCACGCAGGAAGCCGACCUCACCCACCAGCUGCUCGUUGACAUGAUCGAGCAGACUGCCGAUGAGAUGGUUCAAGCGGAGGGAGAGGAAAUUGCCAGGUGCCUAAAGGGCAUAAGUUGUGACACCCCCGACAACCAAGAGAUUGACGAUGUGGAGAAGCAUCUCCGCGAGCUCGAGGGUGAGUUACAAGUUGUCUUGAAUAUUCCCUUGGACCAGGUGAAAAAGAACCUUGAGCUAUGGGUCCCAGCUAUCGACAAGGAGCUCAGUAUUCUGUUCAAGGAUGGCAAGGACGCUACCUUGAGGCGUAUAACCUUGAAGGAGGCUCAGGAACGUGAGCGAAAGGGAGAGUUGACCAUUGUGCCCAGCAAGCUGGUGUUCAUAUGCAAGCCGCCCAAUCAAGGAGCUGUGUCAGCUCCCUCAUCUUCAGAUGGCUCAAAGAAGAAGGAGGGCAAGGCAAAGUGGAGAAGAAAGUGUCGUUUGGUGCUAUGUGGUAAUUUCGCAGAACGGUCCGAAGGCCAAAGCCAAGCGGAGCUCUACGCAGCGGGAGCCUCAGCGGAUUCGAUGAGGGUGGCUUUAACCCUGGCAAGCGUCUGCUACUGGGCCGGUGCCGGCUCCGACAUUAAUGGGGCGUUUUUGCUGGCGCCUUGGCCGCGGCACAUGCGGCGCUACGCCAUCCUGCCACCAAAGACGCUCAUCAUGGCCGAAAGGGCCACGGCACUCGAAGCGUAG